AUGUUGGAAUCCCUCGUCGCCAACCUGCUUAACCGCUUCCUGGGCAUGUAUGUGCGGAACUUUGACCCAAAGCAGUUACAAGUCGGUCUUUUCUCUGGCGACGUCACACUACGCAACCUCGAGUUACGGAAAGAAGCUCUGGACCAGUUCCACCUACCAAUCAAUGUGAUCGAGGGCCACAUAUCAAGUCUCGUACUCAAGAUCCCACUGAGCAACCUCCGAGGGCAGCCUGUCCGCAUCAACAUUGAGGAUGUGUUCCUGCUGGCGGCGCCCAAGGAAGAUGAGGCGUAUAAUGCGGAGGAAGAGGAGAAGAGAGCACAUGCCGUCAAGAUGGAGAAGUUGGACUCGGCCGAGCUGCUGAAGGAGCGCAAUACUGAGGGUAUGUCGCAGGAGGAGCAGAAGAAGCAGCAGUCUUUUACCGCUGCUCUCACAACGACCAUCAUCGACAACGUACAGAUACAGGUCAAGAAUGUGCACAUUCGAUAUGAGGACGCUGUAUCAGACCCUGGCCACCCGUUUGCGGCUGGUCUGACAUUACAGGAGCUGAGUGCUGUCUCCACGGAUGAGAACUGGCGACCAACAUGGAUUCAGAGCACAUCUGCUACUACACACAAGCUGGCCACUCUUGGCUCAUUAGCCAUAUACUGGGAUACUAAUGCUGAGCUCAUUGGUCAAGGUACUGGUGCGAAGGAUGCCAAAGAGCAAGGCAUUAGCCAUGAUCAAAUACUCGACAAGUUCCGGGAGCUCAUCGUCAAGGGGGACAGUCCGACAGUCAAGGAGCACCAAUACAUCCUCAAACCAGUGUCUGGUCGGGCUGGUCUGGAGAUGGACAAGACUGGCAAGCAUGAUCGUCCGAACAUGAAGGCUCGUCUACUGUUCAACGAGCUCGGCUUUGUGCUGGACGAUGAGCAGUACCGUGAUGCUCUCAUGUUGGUAGACCUUUUUCACUACUUCAUUCGGCACCAGGAGUACCGGAAGUUACAGCCCACGAAGCCCGUCAAGGAGGACCCGAAGGCCUGGCUCCUUUUCGCCGGCAAAGCCGUACUCGACCGCAUACAUGAUCGCAACAAGCAGUGGAGCUGGGCGCACAUUGCUGAACGCCGAGAUGAUCGCAAGAAGUAUAUCACGCUGUUCAAGAAAAAGAAGAAGGAAGAGAAGCUCACGCCGGAUGAGACGAAGGAGCUAGACGCCUUAGAGCGGAAGUUGACAUACGAAGAUCUUCGAUUCUGGAGAUCCUUGGCACGAAAUCAGCUUCGGAAGGAAAAUGUUGGCGUCAAGAAGGAAGCUCCGAAAUCGACUUGGUCUUCGUAUAUCUGGGGCGGUGCUAAGAAGCAGGAAGAGACUCAUGAUGACUCGCAGAUGUCUGAAAAGGAGCGCGAUGAGCUGUAUAAAGCUAUCGACUUUGAUGAGAAGAAGUCUCUGACUGAGGCGGUGGAUGCACCAAAGGAGGCUAUUAAGUUACAGGUCGAUAUGAGUCUGAAGACUGGCAGUUUCACUUUGCGGAGAGAUCCACAUAAGAAGAACACUGAUAUCUUGCAUCUCUCUUUCGACGACUUCUCGACUGAGUUCGUACAACGGACCGACUCGACGCUCGUGGACUUGAGUCUAGGUGGCAUGCGCUUGUUCGAUGGCUCGACAGAAGGGAAUCUUUUCGAGCAGAUGCUGAAGGUCAAAGACGCUGCGCCUCUUCCAGCGUCGAAACGAGUGCAGGAGCUUGGUGAUGAUGAAGGAGAUGAGAAGUUUGAGGAUGCUCCUGAAAAAGAGGCAGAGGAGGAUGAUGAGCAGGAACCGUUCUUCAAUAUGUCUCUCGAACAGAAUCCGAUUGAUGGUCAUGCCGAUACCGCCGUGAACCUCAAGCUCAAAGCGAUGGAAAUUAUCUACAAUCCAAACUUCGUGGUGCAAGUCACCAAGUUCUUCAAGCCUCCAGAGCAGCACAUGGAAUCCAUCGGUGCCCUUAUGGAGACGGCAGGCUCGACGGUGGAAGGUCUACGGCAGCAGACACGAGCCGGACUCGAAUUUGCGCUGCAAGAGCAUAAGACUAUCGAUCUGCAGCUGGAUCUGCAAGCACCUCUUAUCAUCGUGCCGGACAGUGUGACCAAGAAGAGCGAUAUCUGCCUGAUCCUGGACGCCGGUCAUGCGAGCGUGCGCAGCAACCUCAUCGACAAGGCCACCCUGUCCGAUAUACAGAACAAGCAGCAGAAGCAAUACACCGAGAAAGACUUCAAGAAUCUUGAAAAUCUCAUGUACGACAGAUUCAUGCUCAAGCUUGAGUCGACACAACUCCUCAUGGGUACUACUGUGGAGGAUACCAAAAAGCAGCUUGACGAGGACGCCGAAGUACGCAAUUUCCAUCUGGUCGACCGACUCAACAUGGACUUCAGCAUCGAGAGUUGCAUCAUACCUAAGACGACGGAGCUGACCAAGUUUCGCAUCAAUGGCCAUCUGCCGCUGCUGCAUGCUAUGUUCAGCGACGCCAAGUACAAAGCACUGAUGAAGCUGCUGGACUUUGCCAUACCCAAGUUUGAUGAAGACAAGAAGGACGUCGCACCAGCGAAGACUCUCGAAGCUAGCAAGGCUGAGAAAGCAAACCGUAGGAAGAGCACUUUAGCAGCAAACGAUGCUGGCAGACCGAGAGGCAAGUCCUUCCAGACCUCGCGUGGGGAGCUUGUGGUGGAUGAAGAGGCUGGCGAGGCGCAAGCAAAGCGCGACCAUGAUGCCAAGACUGGGCCACCAGCGAGCACAGGCAAGAAGGCCCCUGAGAUUAACCCUGAGCAACGGACUUUCGAAUUCAAGUUUACGGUCGAUAAGCUGCAAGGCUCACUGUACAAGGCUGACCCAGAUGGGAAGAAUGGGGAUCGAUUGCUCGUUGACCUGAUUGCUGAGACUUUCUACCUCGAGUUCUACCAGCGCGCAUUCGAUAUGGUCGCUGAUGUCAGGCUUCGUGCUUUGACAGUGGAAGAUCAUGUCGAGGACUCACCAGCACCUGAAUUCAAGGAUCUGAUCUCGAGCGAGGACAUCUACGCGAAGAAGAAGGAGGAUCUGCUUACGAUCCACUUCUUUAUGGUCAAGCCUGAGCAUCCGGAGUUUCAGGAGAAGUUCGAGGGGAUCAAGACGAAUUUGGAUGUUGCUGUGAGCACGAUCAACCUUAUGGUCACGAGAAGGACAUUAUUGACGUUGCUGGAUUUCGUGCUUGAUACUUUUACUUCGAAUGAGAAGCCGCAUGUUGCUGAGGAGUCGGAUGACGAUGAGCCAGAGGAGCAAGCACCUGCACCACAGCAGCAGGAUAAGAUCCGGAUCAAGGCUGAGCUGAGGAGAGUAGCAGUCAUACUGAACAAUGAUGGCAUUCGACUCGCGACGCUGAGCUUGACGUCCGCAAGCGUGAACGUGUUCCUCGCUGGCAAGACGAUGCAAGUCGGUGCUCGACUCGACAAUCUUGGCUUGGUGGACGAUAUCAACCAGGGUGUUUCGGAAGAGUCGGCACUCAGACAGAUGAUCAGUAUCCAAGGUAACGAGCUGGCUGAUUUCAAGUACGAGACGCAUGAUCCGGCUUCGGAGGACUAUCCUGGCCAUGACACCACGAUCUUCUUGCGCUCGGGUUCGCUGAAGAUCAAUUUUGUGACCGAGCCUUUCCGCAAAAUCAUGGAGUUCGGGGUCAAAUUUGGCAAGAUGCAGGCUAUCUUCAAUGCCGCUCGCCAGGCUGCGCAAGUACAAGCCAAUAAGGUGCAGCAGAGUGCAAGCAGAAUGCACUUCGAUAUUCUGAUCAAGACACCCAUUGUCGCCUUUCCACGCAUGAUCAUUACAGAGAACCCCGCUAGGGACACCUUGACCGCUUACCUUGGCGAGAUCUACGCGAAUAACAAGUUCGUUCCGCUCGAAGAAGGCAAGAGUGAAGGUCAGACAGCGAAUAAGCUCAGUGCUGGUAUUCGAAACGUGCGACUCGUGUCCACCUUCAACUACGAAGGUGAUAAGCAUGAGGAAUUGGAGAUGCUUGAUAAGGUUGGGCUUGACUUCAACAUCACGCAGAUCGAGCAUCAAGCUGGACAGGAGCGACCGGAUAUGGAGAUUGAGGGAUCGAUGAGCAAUAUCAAUCUCCGCAUCACGGAGCAGCAGAUGAAGUUUGCCAUGGAGCUGGCGAGGAAUAUUCCGCAGGCUUUUGCUCUGGAGAGCGAGGAAGAUGUUGCGGGAGAGGUGGAGGAGGAGUUGGGUGAGGAGGUUGUGGAGCCUGCCAGACAGAUACAGCCGGCCGGUGAUAAGAAGAAAGAUGAGAGUGCUGUGGCGAAAGCUAGUCACCAGGGCCCUGAGCUGGGUAAGGAGGAAGGUAGCUGGACUAAGAUGGAUCUGGUUUUCAAGGUCGGUGCUAUCGGGCUCGAACUCGUGUCUGGGCCGCUCGAGGCACCGAUUGGAGAUAUUGAGGCUGCCAGCUUGUCCAAGUUCUCGCUCAAUGAGACGAGCAUCAAGCUCAAGAUGCUGAGUGAUGGUGGCUUGGAGAGUGAGCUACUGAUUCAGUCUUUCACGAUUACGGAUACGAGGACGAAGGAGAGGAAUAAGUUCCGCAAGAUCAUGAGUCUUAUCAAUACGGAGGUUAAGCAGCAGUUUAUGGCUUCGGUCAGCAUUUCUGGUGGCGAGGAGAAGAAUCUUAUUGCGCUCUUGACGGUGGACAGCCCGAGAGUGAUCGUCGCACUGGACUAUCUUUUCGCUGUGUUGGCUUUCGUAAAUAAGGGCCUGAAGACUGAAGAGGCGCUCGUAAUUGAAGAAGAGAGCGAAGCUGAGACGGUAGCCGAGGAGGAUAGGGAAAGUGUGGACACUGAUGAGCUGGUCCAGCGCAAGAACAAAGAAGCGGCUGAUGCAGAAGAUGCGGAGCAGAAGCCGGGUAUGAGUAUCUCGUACCGUGUCGAGGUCAUCGAUGCACAGGUUGUCUUGCUCGCGAAUCCAUCGAUCAGCAACUCCGAAGCAAUCGUGCUCGGUACGAAGCAAGUCCUUGUUUCGCAGCAGCAUGCCAUGACUCUGCAGGUCGAGAAAGUCGGGAUGUUCCUGUGCCGCAUGGAUCAGUUCGAGACCUCGCAACUCCGUAUCUUGGACGACUUCAGCAUUCAGACAUCCCUGGACAUGCGCUCGCAAGCGAAGGAUUCUUCUAUGACAAGUAUCCACGUCGAUAUCGAGCCACUCGUGCUGCGACUGAGUCUGAGAGAUAUCCUGCUCGCUAUGCAGAUUUUCCAGCGCGCGAGCAGUAUGCAAGGUGAUCAGGACAAGAAGCUGCAGGAUGAGGGUCCAAAGAAGAUAGCCCAGAUCAAGGGUGACCAACCCGCGAAACCUGCCAAGACCAAGUCUACGAAGAAGACGAUUGGCUCAACUACGGCGAACAAGGUCCAGGCGAAGAGCAUUAGUACCAAGAAGUCGACUGUUGGUCAGAAGCCGCAAGAUGAUGAUCAAGCUCUGGGCUCGGCGGUUCUGAAGCGCGAGGAGAUGAAGAUCCAGAUGGACGGCAUUCGUGUCGUGCUCAUUGGCGAUCUUCACGAGCUGCCGAUUCUGGAUUGGAGUGUUAAGAAGUUUGACGUCGAUGUGAGAGACUGGACUGGCAACAUGACUGCCGAUACAAGCAUCGACACAUACUUUAACGUCUACAACUUCUCGAAGUCUGCUUGGGAGCCUUUGAUCGAGCCGUGGACACUAGGCUUUCAUCUGGCCAAGGAAAAUGACAAGAUGGCUGCUGAGCUGUUCUCGAGGAAGAUGCUUGAGUUGACGAUCACAUCUGCCACCAUUGCUUUGGCAUCGAAGUCGGCAGACUUUUUGUCCUCGGAAGAGGAUGUGCUGUCGAAGCCUAGAGGCAGUGACGCGCCGUACAAGAUUUGCAACUACACCGGCUUCGAGGUAGAUGUGUGGUCUAGCGGCGAAGCGAACAACGACGAUGAAGGUCAAGCGGCGAAAUUGCAAGAUGGCGAGGAGAAGCCUUGGCGAUUCGAGGAUCCUACCACGACUCGUGAGACGUUGUCACCUGAAGGUCAAUCCGGGGUGAUUGGUGUCCGGUUGCAGGGCAGUGGAUUUGAUAGCAUCGACCGGAUCCAGGUCAGCCGCGAGGGUGAAGAUCUAUACAAUCUGAAGCCGAGAAAGGACAAGGUGCAGCACCGCAUGCUUGUCGAGAUCAAGCUAGGCAUGGACAAUGUCAAGUACAUCACUCUACGAUCGCCUCUCUUGGUGGAGAACAACACACAGUUGCCCAUUGAGCUGGGCGUGUACAGCCCUGAGGAGGGCCAUCUGCUGAAGAUCGAGAAGAUCCCACCUGGAGAAGCACGACCAGCACCUGUUGGUGCAGCAUUCAUGCACUCGCUUGUUGUAAGACCUGAUCAAGGCUUCGGCUAUACCUGGUCGAACGAGCGCUUGUUCUGGAAGGAUCUUCUCAAGCGACCUAUGAAGACGAUCAGCUGUGCCGGAGAAUCUGAUCAGAAUUCACCGCCUUUCCACUUUCAGAUGCAGGCUGUUUAUGACAAGAACAACCCACUCACGGCGGUAUACCCAUACAUGAGAAUCAAGUUGUCGGCACCAGUGGAAGUGCAGAAUCUGCUGCCAUACGACUUCAAGUAUCGCAUUUACGACAAGAACACUAAGAAAGACUGGACAAACUUCUUGCGCAAGGGUGGCGUGAGCCCCGUGCAUGUGGUCGAGCUGUCCCACCUGUUGCUCAUGAGUGUGGACAUGCAAGAUACACCUUUCAAGGCUAGUGAGUUUGCGAUCAUCAACUCUGGCAACAACGAGAAUGACUUUCGACGGGAGAAGACCUUGUCGGUCAAGGAUAAUGGCGGUCUGGAGUUGAGGCUCAAGAUCCACUACUUCAAUGUUCCGGACAGUGGUGGCGCGUUCAAAAUCACGGUCUAUGCUCCGUACGUGAUCCUCAAUCGCACAGGUAUCGAGCUAGAUUUGAGGAGCAAAGCAUUCUUCGGGGCCAGCAAGAGCGCUGCAGGAAACCAGGCUUUUGUCGACCGUGCCGAGGGCGAGGACGGGAGAACAGCAAAGCCUUUCAUGUUCUCCUUCCCGACUGACGACCGACGGAACCGUGGUCUACUCAAGCUUGGCGAAUCUGCGUGGAGUCAACCUGUCAGUUUCGAUGCCAUUGGAGCCAACCAGGACGUGAAGUUGCCUGCUGCUUCCGGUAGGUCCGAGAUGCAUGCUGGUCUGCACGUUAUGGAAGGCGAGGGCAAGUACAAGCUUACCAAGGUCAUUACGGUCACGCCAAGGUUUGUGGUGAAGAAUCGCUUGACAGAGGACAUUCAGAUCCGAGAGCCAGGAUCUACUGAAACCACGACCUUGAAGUCAGCUGAACUGCACCCAUUGAGGUUCCUACAACAGAGCGCUGGACAACAGCUUUGCCUGUGCUUCCCCGGUGUGAGCAACAAGUGGUCAUCGCCUUUCGACAUCGCCAAUGUUGGCAGUGUACACAUCAAGCUGGCGAAGUCUGGUGAGCGACAGAAGCUUAUUCGGGUUGAGAUCCUCAUGGAGGGAGCCACAAUAUUCUUGCAUCUGAGCUUGGAGACGAAGCAUUGGCCUUUCUCUAUGCGCAAUGAGAGCGACCAGGAGUUCUUAUUCUGGCAGGCGAACCCAAAUGUGGACGAGGACGAGGAGGAUAGGACCUCCGGCUGGAAGCCAAUCAAGUACCGAUUACCACCACGCUCUAUCAUGCCAUACGCUUGGAACUAUCCUUCAACCAAGAACAAGAAUCUUGUGCUCGGUGCCAACAAGAAGGAAAGACAUGUCAAGCUCGCAGAGAUCGGAAAUCUGAUUCCGAUGCGCAUAGCAGCUGCACCAGGCCAACAGAGACAGAAAGUCAUCGAUCUCAAUGUCGUUGCUGAAGGACCAACUCAGACACUCGUGUUGUCGAACUACAAGCCUUCUAAGAGCUUGUACAAGCAGAAGUCGGCUAGUGCAACAUCAUCGACAGCUGCCGGUUUCGAGGUGAAGGAUCAAGAUAUCCACGAGACAAUCAGCGCAGCUGUUCGCUUCGAAGCUGGCAUCGGCAUCUCCCUUGUCAAUGCACAGCUUCGUGAACUCAUCUAUGUGACAUGGCGCGAUAUCAAACUGGAAUACAAAGAGUCGCCGCUCUUCCAAACUGUCACACUCACUGUUCGCUGGAUCCAGAUCGACAAUCAGCUCUACGGUGGCAUCUUCCCUCUCAUCUUCUACCCAUCUGUCGUGCCCAAGACCGGCAAGGAGAUGAAUGCGCAUCCGAUCUUCCGCAGUACGGUGACAAGAGUCAAGGACGAUUCUUAUGGUGUCAUGUACAUCAAGUACUUCACAUUCUUGCUGCAGCAAAUGACCAUUGAGAUUGACGAGGACUUCAUCUUUGCUUUGUUAGACUUCACGAAGAUUCCUGGUGCUUCAUGGACGGAGGAGAAAGAAGGUAGACUGGCACCCGACAGUCUGGACAUCCCAGAGCCUCAGCAGGAGCAAUCUGGCCAGGACAUCUACUUCGAGCUGUUGCAGCUUCAGCCGAUGCAAUUCGAUUUGUCCUUCGUGAGGACUGAACGUAUCAAUGCAGAGGACACAGGAAGCUCAUCGAGCAAUCCAUUCAUGUUCGCUGUCAAUGUGCUCACGAUGUCGAUUGGCAACGUCAACGAUGCUCCGAUCAGAUAUAAUGCGCUCAUGCUGGAGAACGCACGUUUGUCUGUUGGCGCGCUGAUCAACAACAUUCAGAGUCAUUACGUGCAGGAGUCGUUGCGACAAGUCCACGUCGUCAUUGGCUCAGCCGACUUCCUCGGUAAUCCAGUCGGCCUCUUCAACAACAUCAGUUCCGGUGUUGCAGACAUCUUUUACGAGCCAUACCAGGGUCUCGUCACCGAUCGUCCACAAGAUCUCGGCAUUGGUAUUGCAAAAGGAGCUAGCAGCUUCGUUAAGAAGAGUGUCUUUGGUCUGUCAGACAGUGUCUCCAAGUUCACUGGCAGUAUUAGCAAGGGUCUUGCUGCUGCUAGUAUGGACAAGGAGUUUCAGGAUCAGCGCCGUAUGUCGAGGUCGCGCAACAGGCCAAAGCAUGCACUUUAUGGUAUCACAUCUGGCGGUAAUGCUUUCGCAAGCAGUCUAGCCAGUGGUAUUGGUGGUCUUGCUAGGCAACCAAUGCAGGGUGCCGAGAAGGAGGGUGCCGCCGGAUUUGUGAAGGGUGUUGGCAAAGGUCUCCUCGGCCUUGCUACCAAGCCAGCGAUCGGUGCUUUCGAUCUCGCCUCCAAUAUGGCCGAAGGCGUGAAGAACACAACUACUGUCUUCGACCAAGAUGGCCUAGAUCGUGUGCGCUACGCCCGCUUCAUCGGCCUUGAUGGUGUAGUCCGACCGUACAGUCAACGUGAAUCGGUGGGACAAUUCUGGCUCAAGACAACAGAUAACGGCAAGUACUUCAACGAAAGCUACAUCGCUCAUCUUGAGCUCGACAGCUCAUCCCAGGGCGAUCGGGGUGGGAACGGUAAUGGCUCCUCCACUCCAACCACGCCAACCACACCAGGAGGCAAGAACGGCGGCGGUAAGAGAGGUCAGCAGACGGAAGCGUCCAUGCUUAUCAUCAUCACCUAUAACCUGAUCAUGCAAGUUCGUGCCAGGAACUUGACGACGAUCUGGGAUGUGCCGCUCAAGGAUGUGCAGACUAUCAGUAAGGAGAGGACAGGCAUGAGUAUUGUGCUGAAGGGUGGCACGAAUGGGCCUUUCAUUCCGAUCGCGGAUGAGAUGUCAAGGAAUUGGUUGUAUCGGCAGGUGGCCGUCGCGGUGAAUGCUUAUAAUGACAAGUGGAAUGCUAAAGGUUAG